ACUUGUAUUUCUGCAGUGUUUCAGUCCCUUCAUAUCUAGCUUCAAACAGCAAGUCUGUUUGCUUUUCUAUCACAACAGCUCAGCAGGGAAGUCUGGUACUGGCUCUGUUGCAGUUCAUGUUCUGCUGAAACUCACACAUUGGGACUGAUUGUUUCUCUGUUUCAGCUGUGGGCUCGUUUGAUGAUGAGUGUCAUUACAGUCCAGUUUGUGAAAAUGGUGACAGCCAACAUGUUGCUGAGUGUCUUCUUUGUUUCAGGUGCUCUGGCUCCUUGUCCUUACAAUCCAGACCUAUUCAUUACUGCACCAAAGCAGAUGGAAGCACUGAGUGGAUCUUGUCUGCGAAUACCAUGUCAUUUUAGAGCUAAACCAGAUGAGAAAUUCAAAAACCCAAGAAAAACCUUUGGAGUGUGGAUUAAAAAUUCUAAAUAUUUUGCCCCAAAUCACAAAAAUGUUAUUUUUAACAGUAGCUGGGAGCACAUUUUUUAUCCAAUGAAGAUUACUGGAGACCUGAGUCAGAAAAACUGCACCACUUUAUUUUCCAGUUUAAUCACUAAUCACACAGACACAUACUUCUUCAGAAUUGAGAACAGGCCAUUUCUGGCAACAGCUUCUUGUGAUCCUCUUCAAAUAACAGUUAGAGGUUCUGCUCCGAGCCCCAGAAUUGAGAUCUCAGGUGAUCUGAAGGAGAAGGAGUCUGUCACUAUAAGCUGCUCAGCUUCCACUCCCUGUCCACACUCCCCUCCUAAACUCACCUGGAAUCUCCAACAAGACCCUCCCAACAACAUAGAGGAGAACACAGAUCGGACCUUCACAACUAAAAUCCAGAAGACCAUCACUCUGUCAGACACACAUGAUGGAUUCACCAUCAGCUGUUCUGCCACAUAUCCUGUGAAUGAAGGAAGAGAAGUCAAGACAGCAGAGGAGAGAAAGACUCUCAGUGUUUCAUAUGCUCCCAAGGACACCUCAGUGUCCAUCAGUCCAUCAGGUUUGGUGUCAGCAGGUAGCUGGGUGAACCUGACCUGCUCCAGCAGAGCCAAGCCUCCCGCCAGCUUCAGCUGGUUCAAGAACAGCAAAGAUGGAGCCAUCAGUGUAGCUGAAGGGAAGUUUUACAGCGUCAAUGUGACCGGUGUGACAGAAGAUUAUCACUGUGUGGUCACAAAUGUUCUCGGCAAUCAGAGGUCAUCUUGGAUUAGUUUAAAGAGUGCAGAGAGCUCUGAUAGCUCUCUAAUAUGGGCUUCAGCUCUUGGAGGGGUCAUCAUCAUCAUCAUCAUCAUCAUCUGCCUUGCUGUCUGCGUUUGCUCUCUAAUGUCUACCAGGCGGUGUAAGACAAAACAUCCAAAUCCACAACAGCCUCAGAGUCAAGGAGCUGAAGUUCUGGAAGUGCCAGGCAGCUGGGAUGUGGUCAGAAACCAGUUUUAAAUUUGUCCGAACUGCCAUUUAGUCUGUCAUUAUUUAAUGUGGAAGGAUCCAGCAGCUCACAACAUUUCUUCUCACAAUUGAUACAUUAUUCACCGAGUCAAAGGGGUGAAGAGACGAGUCUUCAUGCCAGCCAGCAAAACAGAAGAAGACAUCCAUUAUGGAGAGAUGGACUCCUCCAAGCAGAGACCUGAACCGUCCUCGUCCUCAGAGCAGGACAGAGGACAGCAGCAGGACACGCUGUAUGCACAGGUCAAAGUGUCCCAGACAGCAAACAGCCGAACACAGACUGCUGACGGCACAGAGGAUCUCUACGCUCAAGUGAAGAAAAAAUGAGUGCCAGUUUGUGAUCCAUUUGGGUUGGAUUCAUAAUACACCUCAUUUUUUUUUUUUUUUUUUUUAUUUUUUUUUUUACUUGUACAAGAUUAUUUUUGUUUACAUCAGAUAAUGUAGAAAAAGAUACUGGCGCUUGGACAAGAAAAUGAGAUUGGUGCAGAUACGAGUCCCAGAGCUCGAGAUGAGGAACUUUCUAAAUGAAGACAUGAGAAUGAAUUUGACACAAGAAGCAGUUCUGUGAACAUAUUAUUAAAAGUAAAGAUUCUAUUUAAAUGUGCUAUUUUACCUUUUUUUUUUUUUUUUUUUAACAAGGAGUGUUUAAUAUCAUGUACUUAUCUAUUGUGUUUCUUAUAUAUUGUUUCUCACAUUUUGUAUCCCACAUUUCUAUUUGUAUUAAAAGAAUAUGAGACAG